UUUGACACAGAAUUUGUAUCGGCUUACCCCAAACGCAACUUCAGAGUGAAGCACGAAAACCCAGCUGAAAAGAGGUCGGUUUCAGGAUCCUGGAACGAGAAUGUCGACUCCUAUACCCAUGAAUUCUUUUGUCAUCCAGCUGCAACAACCAGUACAAACAACAGCAACAGCUGAGGUUACCACAAAUGCUCCAGUGCCUGUCUUUCUCCAACAGAUAAAAGGGCUUUCAUUUCUUCAUGGACUUAAGGCAUUUCUAGAAGGCCAACCAAAGGCCCUUGGGACAGUCCAGAUAAUGAUCGGUGUGAUGACUUUCCUGUUUGGCAUUGUGUCUACAGUUCAUGCAGAAUCCGUCUUUGUCUUUAUUGGUUUACCGUACUGGGGAUCUAUCACUAUGCCAGUGGUCCGCAGCUCUUCUGUGAACCACCAAGAACCCGAAUACUGUAAUUGUGAAUAAAUAUGAAUUAUUAAAAAUGUUGGAACUUUUGUGAGA